AUGGGAAACACGUGUCCCCGUUGUACUUCGAGAGGAAAGAAGAAGCGCAGUUGUGAUGUUGCUACGAUGGGCGAUAAUAAUAAUUAUUACCGCGGCGUCGCAGCUUCGGUUGAAGGGUCGAACCCCUUGGUGAAAAAGAUUCGCGAAAAGUCCGAAUUUGAGACCACUCUGAAAGAAUCAAAGUUACAGAACAAACUCCUCAUCGCUGACUUUUAUGCCUUGUGGUGUGGACCAUGCCAACUCGUGUCUCCCAGAGUUGACCAGUUUUCUAAUGAAUUUGUGGACAAAGCAAUUUUUGCAAAGAUCAAUGUCGAUGACAAUGACGAGCUGGCCUCAGCGUAUAGCAUCUCAUGUACUCCGACCUUCAUAAUUUUCGCCAAGGGGGAAAAAGUGGAUGAAAUCUCGGGCGCAAAUGUCGACAAGCUGCGUGAACUUAUAGGGAAACAUUAUGACGAAAUGGUCAAAUAG